GUCCGUCACCCUAUAAAAUGGCCAACCUUCUCCUCCAUUCCGUUCAAAAUUAACGAGCAGAGUGUCUCGGAAACAGGACGCACACAGAGUGAAAAGAGGGAGAAGAAGAAGAAGAAGAAGAAGUAGAAAACUCCCUUUCUCGACGAUGGCCCUGCGCAAGAUGGUGGCUAGCCGUUUCUCCAACGUCGCCAAGAUCGCCUCCCCCGAGGCGAUACCUCCUCCCCCUCCCGCCACGUCGCUCCUCCGGAGGCUUCUCCCUGGAUCCGGCGCCGAUGAGCCUGGGCUCCUCCGCCAGUUCCUCCAGCGUCGGCCGUUCUUCCAUGCGGCAACUACGCCACCGGCCAGGCUCGCGCUUCCGGUCGGAGACGAGCUGAUGGACCGCAUCCGGGAGAUGAACGGUAGCCGGAUCCGACUGGAAGGGCUGCUUCCGCCGACGACGAAGAGGAUGGACGAUGCGGCAGUCUCGGUGGCGGAGGCGAGGAAGGUGGCGCGGGCGGCGAGGAUGGAGGUGGCGAGGGCGAGGUUGAGGGGGACAGGGAGGGCCUGCCUUUCCUACUCCGAGUUCUCGCAGGUGUGCGGGGAGGUGGCGGGGGGUAUGGAGGAGGGUGCGGGUCUGGGGAGAGCGUUGGACGAGUCCGGCGCCGUCAUCGUCUUGGGGGACAUCGUCUUCGUCCGCCCUGAAAUGGUGACCAAAGCGAUCGAGAGCAUGAUUCCACCGUCGCUAUCAUCCCAGAGCGAUCCACGAAGUAGAGAGUUGAAGGCGAUGGAGGAAAAGAAGGCGGAGAUCGACGUGAAGGCGGAGGCCCUCGUGAAGAGGGAGAUGUGGUGCGGGCUGGCCUUCCUGGCGCUGCAGACCGCCGGCUUCAUGCGACUCACCUUCUGGGAGCUGUCGUGGGACGUGAUGGAGCCCAUCUGCUUCUACGUCACCUCCCUCUACUUCAUGGCCGGCUACGCCUUCUUCCUUCGCACUUCAAGGGACCCCUCCUUCGAGGGCUUCUUCGAGAGCCGCCUCGCCGCCAAGCGGAAGCGGCUGAUGAAAGCCCGCAACUUCGACGUCAACCGGUUCAAUGAGCUCAGGAGAGACGGAGGAGCCUUCUCUCUGUCACGCCCUGCAGAAGAGUGUUCUGCUUCGUCCUGGCCUUGCUGUGACUGUCAUGGACGCAGAAGCACCCUGAUUGGGGCUGCCCAUGUUGGAAAUAUCAUCGACUAAAUGGUGAAGUGCCUUGUAUAUUGGUAAUAGUCGUCGACGUACAUGAAGAGAAGCAUAAAUAUACCAUAGCAGGAUGAUGCUCAGUAUCUUGGUAUGUGAAUUAUAACCUGGAAUUCGUACCUGCGAUCGAUCUUAGAGGAGCCAUUUCGAGACAACAAGUAAUUUAGGGAGCAAAGAAAUUCCAUGGCAUACAGCUACUGGUAAAUAUGAGUCAAAGUUCACUCAACUUCAUCAAGGCAACAACAGAUACAAGUGGAUGCAUCUUAACUAUACAUACAUUGCAUCCUUAGGCAGAAUACCUACCACACACCCCACAGCUUUCAGAAAAGGUUCUUUUUGGUUUCUGUAAAGCCUUGGUAGUCAUCUUCAUUGUUUGCCAUCCUUUUGUGCACGAGCUUGUAGUAGACAAACUGUAUGAUGAUCUGAUGAAAAAUUGGGUCAAUUCAAAACAGGCAGUAAAAGAAUCCGAAGCAUUCAAGAACUAAGAAAUGAAUGAAGAUAGACAGGAAGAGGGAAGGAUACAAAGAGAUCAAGGAGCACACAAACGAUUGCAUCCAGCAACCAAGGUGCAUUAGCCUUGAUUCUUUCCCACUCGACACUCCUCGAGAGUAUGCUGCAUCAAGAAAAAGGAUGUUACUUAUAAGGUGUGUUUUUUUUGGAAGCCGGAAUCGAGGAGAAAGAACCUUCCGACAUAAGUAGCAUUGGCAAUGAGUGCAAACAAGAACAUCAGAGGAUUUAAUCCCUGCAAAUAGAUAUCGUUUGUGUAUCAGAGUUUGGAAUUCAAAUGAAAUGCUGAAAUUUUAGGUCUGA